AUGACAGGUGUGGGAACUCCGGUUCGACGAGGUAGCAACAAAUAAGAUAAAUGAGACGACGACAAAUAGAUACUGGUGCUAAAUACAUACAAUACGUCGAUUUGUGUUCGAUUAAAACGAUGACCGAAUAAAUUUAUGGGAUUUCAAGGGGAAAAUGAGCUAACAGAGAGCGAAAUUUUCAAGAGAAAGUGCGCAAUAAUAGUUUGACGUGAAUGGGCUCGGUGACCUAAGCAGAUAUGCCAGCUGAUGACAAGGUUGCCAUUCUGACCGACGAUGAGGAGGACCUACAGAACACAUCUGUGCCGGAGGAGGCGUUCAACAAACUGUCAUUGCAGCAGAGGAGUGUUCCUUCUCCAGCUCCUCUAUCCAUUGACGCCUCAGCUGAGCCGCCGGUGGUCUCGCAGUCCAGCUCCUUGGACUGCUGUCAAAGGAUGUUCCGCCACAUCAACACUCACCUCCUCAUCUCUAAAGUCUUCUACUUUUUCUUCUACGCUGCCUACGGCUCACUGCACCCGCUGCUUGCGGUCUACUAUAAGCAGCUGGGAAUGUCUGCCAGUCGAAGCGGCCUCCUGGUGGGCAUCCGUUACUUCAUUGAGUUCUGCAGCGCGCCGUUUUGGGGUGUGGUGGCUGACCGCUUUAAAAAGGGGAAGGCCGUGCUACUGUUCUCGGUCUUCUGCUGGCUGGUGUUCAACUGCGGCAUUGGCUUUGUGAAACCAGCCGACAUGAAAUGUGUGGAGAAGGGUGCCGACGUGACGAUUCCGCCCCCGGUGGCCACCACUCACCCACCCGGAAACUUCACACAGGAGAGCAACUCCAGCGAUCGUGUCCGCCGCAGCCUCAUUGACGUCCUUUGGCUCCCUAAGUUCCCAGCCUCCAGAACCAAGCGAAGCAUUAAUGAUACAUCGCCUACGAUUAACACCACCACCACGUCCACCACUUCUGUUCCAACAACCAGUCCCAAGGAGUACCAAAUCAUCUAUGACAACACCCAAGUGGAGAACAUUUUCCUCAUCAUUCUGCUGGUCAUCAUCGUCGGCGAGUUCUUCAGCGCUCCUGCAGUCACCAUCGUGGACACGGUCACGUUGCAGUAUCUCGGCAAGGCCCGCGAUCGCUACGGCCUGCAGAGGAUGUGGGGCUCUCUGGGCUGGGGGCUCGCCAUGCUGCUGGUGGGCAUCUGGAUCGACCACACCCACAUUAGCGCCACAAUCGAGGGCCUCGGCUGUAUCCUGCCCGACUUCCGCUUGCGCAACUAUCAGAUCGCCUUCAUUGUCUUCGGUGUGCUUAUGGGUGCGGCUUUUGUUGUUGCCACUCAGUUCUACUUUGAAACUGGUAGUGACUAUCGGCAGGAGAUUCCAGAAGGCGUAACCGAUGAGACGGACGGCCCUAGGGCUCCAUCCGUCAGCAAUAGAACCGUUCUCCAUCAAGAGUUCCACUACAGCGAUCUUCUGAAGCUACUGUGCAGCGUGCGCUACAGCUCGGUUCUAUUCGUAGCCUGGUUCAUGGGCUUUGGCUAUGGCUUUGUCUUCAGCUUCCUGUACUGGCACCUGGAAGACCUCCAUGGCACCUACACGCUCUUUGGUGUCUGCUCUGUCCUGAGUCACGUCUCUGAGCUCACCGCCUACUUCACCAGCCAUAAGUUCAUCGAGCUGGUGGGACACAUCAGGGUGCUCUACAUCGGCCUGGCCUGCAACACUGCACGCUACCUCUACAUCUCAUACCUGAAGAAUGCCUGGACCGUGCUGCCAGUGGAAGUCCUCCAAGGUGUGACUCACGCCUCUGUUUGGGCCGCUUGUAUUUCCUUCUUGAGCGCUGCCGUCCCGCCAGCUCUGAGGACAUCCGCCCAGGGCAUCCUGCAGGGUCUUCACCUGGGGCUGGGUCGCGGCUGCGGGGCCAUGGUGGGAGGACUGCUGGUCGGUUAUUUUGGCGCUGCAUCAUCAUUCCGGGGGAUCGGCAUGGCCUCCCUGGUCAUACUCCUCAUCUUCAUCCUCAUCCAGUGUCUGACAGGCGAAACGGAAGGAAAUGAGGACAAAAUGCUGGCAGAGAACAUUCCAGUCCCCUCCAGCCCUGUUCCCAUUGCCACCAUUGACUUGGUGGAGAACCAGAGCACCAGAGGGAGCUCCGCCCUCAACAAGCAGGUUGGCGCUCUUCCUGUGAAGAAGACUAAGUACCAAGAAGAGCAGGAGGACAUAGCUAGGCCCGCCUGGGUGCUCUCGGGUUCCCCCUGGGUCACCAUCGCCUUCGCUGUUGUCCAGAUCACAGAGAUGAUGAACAUGGCGAAGAUUGGCCAGCUGCCACGCGAGACUCAGCCGCUACAGGUGAACAAGGUUCCUAAUGACGGAGCAGUGGUGAUGGCGCACGGAAAUACCGGUGACUGUGGCGUCGCACCCGCAUGUGGACCGAGCCCCAUCCCCACAACAUCUACAGACUGAAACAAAAUGCAGGAGACGCUAGAUGUGUUUCGGUCUGCAAAUUUAAAAAAGAAAAAAAGAAAAAACACUUCAAAUCUCAGUAGUUGGACUUGGGUGUCACUUUAAGACUUUAAAGCCUUAUGUUGAUGACAAAGUGCCUCUUUAAUAAGGUGAUAUGAUGGUGAUUUAAUUUAAUUUAAGAGUUGUCUAUUUUUGUGCUUUUCUGAGCUGGAGGCAUUUAUUUUAUGCAAAACCAGUUUUUACGUCAAUAUUCAACAAGUCGAUUUUACUCUCCAAAUGUUCCACAUUCCCAGUAAAGCACUGUAAUACUCGAAACAGUAUUUAAAUCCCUUCUGUCAUCGUAGUCAUUUCAGAUGGUUUGUAUCAUGGAUUAGAGGUGUGAUGACUGCAGUUCGGGAAAGAAUUGUCGUCAGACUCUCAUUGAAAGUGACCACUUAAAAUAAAAUGCCAAAGAUUUCCCAAUA